AUGAAACGACGGAGAAUCCAAACUUUAUUUCGGUUGCUUCUGUGUGUCAGUAUUUUGCCACCUUGUUGGUGUGCUCAUGGGAAAUAUGCUCAUAAGCUCCUGAAUGAUUUAUUCACCAACUAUACUAGUGCGCUGAGGCCUGUGGAGGACACAAACACCAUCCUGAAUGUGACCCUGCAGGUUACACUGUCACAAAUUAUCGACAUGGAUGAGCGAAACCAAAUUUUGACUGCAUAUUUAUGGAUACGGCAAGUGUGGGUUGAUGCACACCUCAAAUGGAAUAAAGAUGAUUACGAUGGACUUGAUACCAUCCGCAUACCUAGUAGUUAUGUAUGGAGACCUGAUAUAGUCCUAUAUAACAAUGCAGAUGAUCAUUUCACUGGCCCCAUGGACACCAAUGUGGUGAUCCGACACGAUGGCCAGAUAAUGUGGGAUUCCCCAGCUAUCACCAAGAGUUCUUGCAAAGUGGACGUGUCUUUCUUCCCCUUCGAUGCUCAGCAAUGUAGGUUCACCUAUGGCUCCUGGACCUACAACGGUAAUCAGCUGGAUAUCCAAAAUGCCAUGGAGAGUGCUGACCUGGCUGACCUGGUGGAAAAUGUCGAAUGGGAAGUGUUGGGUAUGCCGGCUAAGAGGAACAUUAUUUUGUAUGGCUGCUGUGCCGAUCCUUACCCAGAUGUGACUUACACACUGAAACUGAAGAGAAGAGCUUCCUUUUAUGUCUUCAACUUGCUCAUACCAUGUGUGAUGAUUUCUUUUCUGGCUCCACUGGGCUUCUACCUGCCUGCUGACUCUGGAGAGAAGGUGUCUCUGGGAGUCACUGUAAUGUUGGCCCUCACUGUCUUUCAGUUGUUGGUUGCAGAGAUCAUGCCACCCUCUGAGAACGUACCUCUUAUUGGAAAGUAUUACAUUGCAACCAUGACCAUGAUCACAGCCUCCACUGCCCUUACCAUAUUCAUCAUGAACAUACACCACUGUGGCCCGGAUGCUAAGCCUGUUCCCAAGUGGGCCAAGAAAGUCAUUCUGCAGUACAUGGCCAGAAUGUGCUUCGUUUAUGAAGUUGGGGAAAACUGCAUGUCGCCACAACCGGAGAAACAGGAGCCUCCACUUGUAAAGAACACCAACUGCACCAUGAACGGUCAGGCAGGACCAGGCAGAGAGGACUGUGUCUUCAAAAUGGAGAGAGGACAAGAGACAGUGACUUCAGAGGAGAGGGAAGACAUGGAUCAGAUGAUGAGUCCAAUAGGCUCAAUUGGGAUGAAUCCUACCAACCACUACAGCACUUGGAAAAAUGGCAUUUUCAUGAGCAUGGACUGUGGAGAUUCAGGGGGUCCAAGGAGAUGCAGGAAGGGAGGUGUGAGUGAGGGAGAGAGAAAAGACAGAGAGUUUUCCUGCUGCUCCCAAAGCAAUGAGAGGCAGCUGCUGCGCAACAUUGAGUACAUAGCCAACUGUUACAGAGAUCAGAGGGCCACGCAGAAAAGGACUGGGGAGUGGAAGAAGGUAGCCAAAGUUUUAGAUCGCUUCUUCAUGUGGAUAUUUUUCAUAAUGGUGUUUUUCAUGAGCCUGCUCAUCAUGGGUAAAGCCAUCUAA